CACGCACUAUUGCUUCUAACAAGAUUUGAAACACAGUGACGCGCGAUGAGUAGUCUCGUUCAAUCCCAAGCAGCUAGUCAACAAGAGAAGAAAAGAACACCAAAAUGCGCACGAUGCAGAAACCAUGGCUUCGACUCUAUUUUGAAAGGUCACAAAGGUUUCUGUCGUUGGAGAGACUGUCUAUGCCCAAAGUGUAUGUUGAUUGCCGAACGACAGCGCGUACUGGCAGCUCAGGUUGCGUUGCGUAGACAGCAAAUGCAAGAACUCCGUGAUCCUUUACCGCCAGGAGACUUAUUCACAGCCCUUGCAAGACAUGAAGAAAAUGACGAAUAUUGCAGUACUAGUCCAGUGGAUAGAAGUCGAUCAGAAGACAAGGAAAGCGUCGAAAUAACAGUGGCAAGUCAAGGUAGUAAUUAAAGACAAAUUGUUAAAGGAAAUUGGAAAUAUACAAACUUUUUAUAAGUUUUGAUUUAAAAUGUCGCAAUUAUCGCGAUUUCUAAUUCCCAAAACGAUGUAUUCUAAAGUUUAUUUUAUGUACACUACAUAUGGCAAAGUGUAUCAUCAGCACUCGUACCGCGCAGUUGGAUUUACUUUAGUUGCUACAAAAUUACACUUUAUAAUGACUUCAGUCUUGAACCCAUUUUAUUACAAUAUUGACUAUUACCCAAACAGAACCUUAAAUGAAUCAAUAUUUUUAGUCAUUCAACCAAUAACUCGGUUUUCUUCUUAGCAGUUUAGCUUGUUUUUUUUCCCCAGUAAUUCAAACAUCAAGAAUUUAAAUUUAAACAGAGAAUCGAAGUACAGACGAAUCAGAUCAUUUUGAACAUUUUCGGUCGUAUUUAGCAAUAGUCAAGUACAAUUAAUUGUUUCACGUUUACUUAAUUUUACAAAGGAAACAUGAAUAAUUUCUGCUUCGAACACUUUAUUUCCAAAUACGCUUUAAAUGUAUAGUCGACAUUUUAUGACUUAUAUUGUCACAAAAAACGUGUUCCCGGCUUAUAUUAUAAUUUACCGAUUCCUUACUCUAUUUUGUUCGGCAGUUAUUUUUAACAAAUUUCAUGUAACAAUAAAAUGCACUGAAUUUGUACAUUUAAAACCAGGAAAAACCAACAUGAAUAAUACCCAAUAUAUUAUACUAUUGUAUAUAAUACCGAAAAUGUAACAAUGUGUCGUCUCUAAAAGAUACGCGCAGCUAUUAAAGUAAAAAUGUCGCUGCAUUUUAUUCUCAUGACUCGUGAGACACGAAUGAAAUGCAUCUUUAUUGCGCAAACCAAGAAUAUACCUGCAUUUUACUAUGAGAUCGUACAAAAUUUGUUCAAAUAAACGGGUAGUGUUUUCACCAUAACUUGUAACAUUUUUGACCUAGAUCUUGAAGUGAAACGAGAGACGCAGUCACCCGUUGAGAACAGACGAUCUCCCAUUGAAACAGAAAACAGAGGACAUGAUUCAACGUCAAUGGCAAGCUCUGCGCAACCUGAAUACAACAAACUAGGUAAGUUAGGGUAACCAUACAUCUAUAAAUCAAAAAACGCCCAGAAAUAUUAAAAACCUGCUAAAAGAAACCAGAAUCUUAUCUUGAACUCUAGAUUGCAAUUUUAUUGCAUUUUGCACAUCAGAUUUUUAAAGAAAGUCAAAAAUAGAUGUGAUAAAAAUAUUUGGUCAGAAAGGAUAAUACAUUUAUAAACUAUAUAGUCUUUAGUUUAUCAGCAAUAAGAACGAGCGUCAUUCUUUAAAAAUCUAGACAAGAAACCUUGAGGCAGGUGAAAGUGCAUUAUUAAACAAUACAAAGCUUGUUUGCAUAGAUAAAAUACACUUAAAAAUAUAUUAUACCCAAAUCAAUUUAGACUCAGUAGGGGCAAAGGACGUCACGCUACGACAGUGUAUAAUUAAGUGAAAAAAACCGGAUAGUUAUUUUGCUUUGCGUAACAAUAUAAUUAGUCCAGCUUUUCGCCACAUUGCACAAUUCUCAUAGGAAAUUUUCCUUAAUUUUCGAGUUAAUUUCGAAAAAUGUUUCGACUGAUUGUUCCUUUAAUUUUAGCUCCGGCGCCGAUUCUCUUCAAUCGCGAAAUGUGUCCAAGUAAUUGUACAUGUUCAGCCUUCCGUCCGUUUAACACUGCCCCUUUUCACGGUGAGUGUAAACUUUUAUUAAUUAUUCAUUGAUUUGCCCUUGAAGUCUAGUUUUCUUAUCACUGUGCACAACAUGCACUUUAACAAUUACAAAAGCCACAGUAUGCAUUGGUAUAAUGUAUCAUGCACAUUCACUUUUGCAGUGUUUGCCUUGGCCAGUUACUCAAAGUAAUAUAAUAUAUCAUAGCAGUAGUGAAUACAAAAAAAGAAUGCUCCGCUAUUAAUGUUAAAUUGCUUAUGAGUUAUUCCACACAAUUCCAGUUAUUCCACGUUAUUCCACACAAGCAACCUCGUAGAAUUCAUUCAAUGCGACCUCAAAAAACACAGUCUAUUUUGAAUCGCACACUAUUUCACUCUCGAAUUAAAAUUUCAAAGUUGAAUGUUAAAAUUUAACUCCUGGGGUUCUUUUUAAACUACAGCCUACAGGGGCGCCACAGUGAAUGCUAUAAUAUAAAGUAGAGUCACCGCAUUUAGUUUAAUUUAAGUUGCUUAUUCAAAAGAACCGCAGGUGAAUAAUUGAAAACUUGCGCCAGAAGUUUAGGUUUUCGACGCUAUAUGAACAGCAAUUUUAAACAAAUAUCAAUUACAUUAACACAGUUGUGGUCUAAACUAGUUAUGCAGAAGAAAAACAGAAUAUUCUUUGAAUAAAAAAUUAAAAUGUGUGCAACAUACACAGGCGGUGUCAGUGGGAUAAAGAAGUAAAACAUUGUAACUUAUAUUUGUACAUUGUUGCAGUAUCCAACCGUUUUCAACAGAUAUCUUUUAAAACACCUGAAGUAAAUCAGGCAGUGAUGUUAAAUUCUAGAGUAGAAAAUGCACGUGCUCAGCUAAGGAACACAGACACGCACUUCUGAUGUUUAAAUAGAACUCUGUUAAGUGUUAUCUUAUCAUGUGCGAAGUUAAAGGGUUCGUUUUAUCUCUAAAUCUAUACAUACAUAUGCGGCUUAGUCAGCACAGUUGGGUAAAUGACUUACGCCAAACAGUAAAUGAGCUUAAGUUUAAAGUUUACAAGUUCAUCUUUACUCUCAUUUUGCAUACUUUCUCAAGCUACAAGUAACAAGUUAUAUGUAUACGUUCAAAUUGUCGUGAUAAACGCCAACGAUUUUCUCUUGAUUUUACUGAUAAGGAACAAUAAAUCAUUUCUGUUCAUAAAAGCACUCCCAUUGACUUUGAUCGUAUCACGACCAAUUGCUACGACUGCGAUUAAAAACAAUAUAUAUCUUUUGUUUUAAGGACAAUUUUAUAGCCUACGUAACAAUCUUGAAAAAUGGGGUAGGCGUUCUGUAGCACAUUAUCAGAUGUUGCACAUUAGAUGAAUGAAGCGUAUGCACAGAUAAAUAUUGUCAAACUAAUUGUUGCCCACGUCUCAGAUAUGAACUCAAUAUGAUAUUUAUAAUUUGUAUAUUCGAACUUCAAGUUUAAAAUGAAAAACGAUUUUUUAAAUCCUUUUAAUUUAGUAUCUCAAAACUACUACAUACUUAAUGUUAGUUUCUAAAUGAAAGUAUCAAGUAUCAACAUAGACUGCAUUUACAACUGAAGCUGUUCAAUGAUCGCAUCUGUUGUUUUUAAGGAGUUUGUAUUUUCACAACAAGAUGCAACGAGUUUUCGGCAUCUUUGAAAUUUAAAUUUAAAGAGAGCUUGACGUUUCUGUGCAAACCUUGGCCAUAUGUAGACAUAUGUAAAAUAGGAAGUUAAGCAUUUCCAAGUAGUUUGUCUGCGAUAUGUUACUUUUUAAACCAGAUGUUUAAAUUGAAUUCUGUACACUUUGUCCAAGAUCUUUGACUUUGUAUAAAGUAGCCGGAAAAACAAUUUAAGUAGUAUAUUGGCUGAAAUAUAAAGUAUAUAGCGCUUCUAAUGCUGAUUUUGCAACAUGAUACACUAUAGUCGUAUCGUAUUUCUACCUUUGAACGACAAUUUUUGGCAAAACUAAACGCAGAUUUUUCUGCAAGACCCAACAUGCACGCAAACACACACAUAUCACAAACUAGAAACUUAUAUAGGUCGCCUUAUGUUGCAUGAGCGUGGCUUGAUUUUUUUACAAAAAACUCGACAGGGUUUUACUACAUAUUAUACUCUCCUGAGUCAUGACGCCAUGCAUGCAAUGCCUAAUUUUAAAAUUAUUUUUGCGAUUAAUCCAACCCCUUGAAUUAAACAGUUUGCCUCUUAGCAGAUGGCAAGCCUCUAUCUACACCGUUCUCCUCUGGACAAGAGACUCAGGAAUAGGUAUUGCAUGCACGUGCUGUCUGUCUCGUGUUCUAACACACCUCAAUUUUCGCUUCAGAUUUAAAACGACGACUAUUUCCUGAUACAAUACAUGAAGACCGAGCUCGUUCUCAAGACAUCGCAUACCCUGGUGAACAGUCCUACGCUGAAAAGAAACGACGACUUUACGACUACGACGUGUUCAACCGAGUACCAAUCGCAGCACCAUCGGCAGCUCUUCGGAGUUUCCCGGCUAGACAUCGACUAUCAAAUACCGAACUACUGUUGCGUAUUUUCCCCAAAAUGAAAGCGAAUGUUUUACAAUUAAUCUUGCAAGCUUGUGGUGGAGAUGUGAUUCAAGCCAUUGAACAGAUACUAAGCAAACAUAAACCUGAUACUAUUAAUCAUUUCACUUCAGCGCAUCUUGCUGCUUUACAAAAUCAUGAACUAUCUAAAGACUUACAUUUGAGACCAGAUGCGUUCAAUUUCCCGCGAAACGAGGGCUUCUUCCCAGGAUUCACAGGUUCAGCAUUCUCUCCGCUGAGCGUUUACCCAAAAUACCAACUACCAGUGGGACCGUAUCCACUGAGAGCAAAAUAUCACGAGGAUACCGCUGGUCCGCGUAUACAGCCAUACAAUGUGGAUUCACAUGAUUACGUCACUGGUAGUUCUGUUCCCCCAAUGAGCUCGAAAAGUGACGAAGACAAUGACAAAAAUGAGGACAAGAAUGACAGCAAUUAAAAUACGAAAGAACAAUUGAUAUUUGUAAAUAUUAAAAUGUGUAACUGUAAAUACAAUGUAUAGAAUAGAAUAAAAUCAAAAGUUAAGUAAAACUAAUCGGCUUGUUUUGGGUUGUGUUUUGGGGGAGAUACGCUCAUUUAUCCGGGAAAGCUUCCGAUCAGUAAGACCAGAUCGAUGAUGAAUUUGUUUGUUUUGCUUGUAAAACUUAGUUGUUAAAACUAGC